CCCUUGCAGACAGAGUCCAUCCAGAGUGGGGACAAGUCUUUGGGGAAGGACCCUCUGACUUCAGAGGACUCAGCCGUCACAGACCUCUCUCCUAAAACAGACUCUAGCCCCCAAACAGAGACCCCGACCAAGACCGAUGCCUCCUCCAAGACAGAUGCCAGGCCCUCCACCCCAGGCACCAGCAGCAGCCCUCAGCCCAAGAAAGAUUCGAUAAGCUCAGAGCAAAGACAGAAACUUGCCAAGGAGCGGAGGGAGGAACGAGCCAGAUAUAUCGAACAGCAAACUCAGCUGCAAGCGGCAAAGAAGGCCCAGUGGCUGGAGAAGGAGGAGAAGGCCCGGCGCCUGAGGGAUAGCCAGCUGGAGGAGCGCAGGAGGAAGCUGGAAGAGCAGAGGUUGAAGGCUGAGAAACGCAGAGCUCUGCUGGAGGAGAAACAGAGACAGAAACUUGAAAAGAACAAGGAGAGAUAUGAGGCAGCUAUUAAGAGGUCGACAAAGAAGACGUGGGCCGAGAUCCGCCAGCAGAGGUGGUCCUGGGCGGGCGGACUCAACCAGACCUCCCGCAGAGAAACCCGCAGCCUGCGCCUGAGCCCAUGGGAGAGCCGGAUCGUGGAGCGGCUCAUGACGCCGACAUUGUCCUUCUUGGCCCGCAGUCGCAGCGCCGCCACUCUCCUCAACAACAGCGACUCUCCCUCUGCCAGCCCGCUGACUGCCUGCUCCCAUCACCACCCGCACCAGAACUCUGCUGAGCGCUGGAGGGUCUCCUCCGCCAGCACGCCGGACAUCACCCAGCGCCAGCGCCGACGGAACUCCACACCGGUGGAUAAAAAGAAAAAAGAGAAGAGGGACAAGGAGAGGGAGAAUGAAAAAGAGAAGAACGCUCUCACAAAAGUGCAGAAGAAAAGACAGACUACAUCACCCACCUCUACAACCCAGAGAUCCAGGCCAGAGACCAGCACCCCCCCGAAGCCCAGAAACAGACCUCCAUCGCCUGCUGCCCCCAAAAGUCGGCCCUUGUCCCCACUGGUGCCAGCAGCAGCCUCCAAGACCCCCGUGGGCAAGAAGACGCCUCCUCCUGGCACCAAGACCCGACCCAAACGAGCCCAGACGCCCGCCAGGGUACAGCCCCAGACGGUCACUGCGGUUGCCGUGGAAACAGGCCACGAACCCCAGCAGCCCGACACUCCAGAGGAGAAAAAGAACUCUAGUGAUGUUCCUGCCAUCGUGGUGUCCUCUGCACCUCUUACACCUCCUUCCCUGAGCACACCGGUUGUAUCUGCAGCCUCUCCAGCGGUGCCAAACAUAGUGCCCACUGCCUCAGCUGCUUCUCCUGCCUGCACCGGUAGUCCCGCUCCUUCUCCUGCUGCAGCCUCCACCACUAAUCCUGCUCCUGCUGCUGCCCCCGCCGCCGCUGCAGUCUCCAACCUGUCUGCACCGGCCAGCAAGCCAUCAGCCGGCACCAACAACCCAGAGGAGGCUGCUCGUGUCCUGGCAGAGAAACGCAGACAAGCCCGAGAGCAGCGGGAGAGAGAGGAGCAGGAGCGUCUGGAGCAGGAGCACAAGAACAGGAUCCUUCGUGAGGAGGCGAUGGCUCGGGACGCAGAGGAGAGGAAGCGCAGGGAGGAGGAGGCUCGAUUUAUGGCUGAGCAGCAGCGCCUGAGGGACGAAGCCCAGCGGGCCGAAGAGGAGAGGGAGGCGCAGGGGAGGGCCAAAGCUGAGCAGGAGGAGAACGAGAGGCUGCAGAGACAGAGGGAGGAGGCUGAAGCUAAAGCCAGAGAGGAGGCUGACCGUCAGCGCCUGGAGAGGGAGAAACACUUCCAGAAAGAAGAGCAGGAGCGGCUGGAGAGGAAGAAGCGCCUUGAGGAGAUCAUGAAGAGGACUCGGAAAAGUGAUGCAGGAGAUAAGAAGGAUGUCAAAGCCUCACCACAAGUUAACGGCAAGGACACAGAGCUCAGCAAGGCAGCGGGAAUUCUGCAGAGUCCCGGUGUGCCGGUCCUUAGCCCGUCACAAGGAGUGUCAGGUCCUGUUGUAAAUGGUGUCCAGCCCUCUGCUCACCAGAACGGCAUCUCAGCCAACGGAGAGGCAGCCGACUUCGAGGAGAUCAUCAAGCUGAACAAGGGCGGUAACCCGGCGCAGACUCAGAGCGGGCUGGUCAGUGAGCCAAUCCUGGCGUUCGAGGGUGGAGAGCCCUUCCUCAUGAAAACAGGCCCUAUGAAGCCUCAGCAUGUCGCAGAGGUCCUGUGAGUCCCCACACAUCCAUGGAGACGCGCCUUAUGUCUCUGCUUGAGCUAUGAGAUUCAUGCCACGCCGCAGCGGCUUAUAAAAAUAGUGUGCCAAACAAACAGUGAACUGCGCUGAAUUCCCAUCAACAGUAUCUCCUGCAGAGGAUAAAAGAGGAGGAGAAAAACUCUUCCUGGAACAAAAACAAACUCUCAUCUGAAAUAUAAAAAAACAACCAGUAUUCUCUGUCUUCAUCGCGUGUUAUGAUGCAGCAUUUGUCAAGUUUUAUUGAAAUGUCACAGAUUUUAUGGUGCACCUUAAAGAUGACUGUGUAACAAACUUUAGAAAAUACAGUGUAAAACCCUGGAAAUACAUAAUAUUUGACAAUGGUUGUUAUUAUUACCAUCAUCACGAUAUUGUUAUUGUUAUCUUAAGUUGAACAGUGUGUGUGUGCGAGUGUUUGUUGUUUUUUGUCUUGAAUUAUGGAGUUAUUUAACAUGGGGAGCAUUGUAAGGACUGGCCACAGACAGUGUAUGUAAAUGUAUAAUGAGCCUGGCUGCCUAGGCCUCCUGUUACAGGGGAUCUGUGAAAUAAAGCUUUAUGAAAGGGA